AUGUUCCUUUUGGCUGGACAAAGCAAUAUGGCUGGCCGUGCCCAAAUCUCUGAAGAGUGCUCAGAAGAGCCUCGAAUUCUGGCACUCUCCAGAGACGGCAAGUGGAAGACAGCAAGGGAUCCUCUGCAUGAUGACAAGCCUGAGAAAGCUGGAGUUGGACCCGGUUUGGCAUUCGCCAGAGCAGUUGUUGAUUUCUGUUCAGCACCCAUUGGCUUGGUCCCUUGCGCAUUUGGUGGGAGCGAAAUCCAACGCUGGAUCGCAGAUGGGGACUUGCUUCAGAGUGCAAAAGGGCGUUUGCAAGAAGGGGAAGCAGCCGGAGGAGUUUUGAAGGGAAUUCUGUGGCAUCAAGGAGAAUCAGACUGUGGAAGUGAGGAGAUGGCAUCAUUGUACCCUUCUCGUUUGCACCAGCUCAAACAAGAUUUGCAGACAGCUUGUGGUGGCGUCCCCAUGAUUCUUGGAGAGCUUGGCAUGGAAUUUCUGGAUUUGGAGGAUUCGAGAUUUUCUUUUGCAGAUGCUGUGAAUACAUCGAUCGUAGAGUUUGGGACCUCUGGGGGUACAAGCAUUGGUUGUGUUAGUGCGAGAGGCCUUCAGCACAAGGGCGACCGUUUACACUUCUGUCGUUCAUCAGCAGAAGAACUUGGGAAGCGCUAUGCCUGGAAGUGGCUGGAGAUGACAGGAAAUCUGAACCUUUCUUUGCACACCCUGGUUGGUGACCAGCUCUCACCACCUUUCCUGCUGACAGCUCCUCGAGACUUGGAUGGAGCCUGGCCGAAUGUGUUUUUGGAUGUUUUUUUGCCUUUCUGGCAUACGUGUUCCCAUAUUUUGCUAUGUGUGUUCCUAUGCAAAGUUUGCAUAUUCCUUACUCUACGACAUGAUGACCUCUUGACUCUUUGUGCCUAUUUUUCAUGUACUACACCACCGUCGUGGUCCAAGGAAGUCCUCCUGCUGACAAGGUUCGUGCCAGAAUCAUUUCGAAGUGUAUGA